AUGGGCCCAGCCAAGGAGAGAAACCUAAGGCGCGCGCACGUGGUCGCCAGAGAAAGGGGGUGUGGAGCCGGUAGCCGCAGUGGCCCUGAACGUGCCUCCGGGGGGCACCUUGUUGCUGUGUUGGGCGGCGGGGAGCCGGCCUUCGGGAUCCAUGUUUGGGGCCCUGGGACGUGGGAGAAUGCCGGGGCCUCUCUCUCUGCCCCUGGCACGCCUCUGUGCAGGGCCUUCCUUCCCCCCCCGGCCCCCACGGCGGGUCCGUGUGGCUGCAGACACCCAGAAAGAGGGGAGGCCCGGGAGGCUGGGGAGCCGUGGAAGCCCGAUGCAGUGCGGGUCUCCAGGUGGAGGGGCCCUGGUCCCCUGGCGCCAGCGUGGCCCUUCCUCCUUGUGGAAACCCUUGUGGUGUGUGUGCCCUCUCGCCCUGACCCAGGAGAGCAGCGUGGCGGACCCCUGAUCUUGUCGCGUGCCACCGAGCGAGGCCGAGGAGCUCCCGCAGACCAGUGGGCGUGCCGUCCUUGUCGCGGCUCUGUGGAGACCUGGCGAUGGAGAGCAGCGUGGCGGACCGCUGAUCUUGUCGCGUGCCACCGAGCGAGGCCGAGGAGCUCCCGCAGACCAGUGGGCGUGCCGUCCUUGUCGCGGCUCUGUGGAGACCUGGCGAUGGUGAGCGGCCCCUGUCCUCAGUGGUGGAGAACUCGCCCUUGGGGCGCUCGUCUGUCGGGAGCCCCGGGCCACCCCCGCUUCUCGCGGGCUUUGGCCCCGGCAGGCCAGCUCCGGGGGCGUGAGGGGGGGAGCGUCCCGUCCUGCCCAGUGGCUCGUCUGUCUGGGCCCGCCCCCAAACGCUGCCGUGAUGGAGCGGGUUGGAUCUCCAGGUGCGGAGGCGGUGAAUGUGCCUUCUGGCGGCGCAGCCCGUGCUCGGAUCGAUGAUGACUCCCUCUAAAGCAUUCCUUGGAAAUCUGAACAAAAUGAGUGAGAACUCACUACCGUCUCCUCAUCGAAACUGAGGUCCAGCACGUGGCUGCCACCGGGGGCUGGGCGGGGAGGGUCCCUGGGCCUCGGCGCCUUUGUGUGUCAGCAGCC